AAAGGCUUGCCACGUAAAGUCAGUGGCAGAUACUUUGGGCUACUAAUCAUAUGCAAAUACAAAGAGGCUGGAGGAGGAAAGGAGAUUAUGUGAGCUGCUGCAUUAGUCUUCUGAUUAGUCAUCUUGCACUGAAGACUGAUGGUAUGUCUGAAGGACAGAUCUCUUGUGUGUUCUGAAUGUACCAGGUUGUCCUCAUGAGUGCUCCAGUGGAGAAUGUCUAUGAUCUUCUUCGCCUGUGUGGUGCGGGUGAGGGACGGACUUCCCCUCUCAGCUUCCACAGAUUUUCAUUUCAACCAGGACUUUCUGGAAUGCAGAAAGAGAUUAAAGGCGUUAUCCUCGAUUCUGGCACAGUAUCCAAGUCGAGGCACAGCAAAAGGACGUGACCUUAGCAUACAUUUCCUUUCUUCUGGGGAUAUUGCUUGCAUGGCAAUCUGUUCCAGCAAUUACUCAACCAUCAUGGCGUUUUGCUUCCUGGAAGAGCUUCAGUGGGAAUUUACUGCUUCCUACGAUACAACAAGCAUCAGUUUAGCUUCCAGACCAUAUGCUUUUCUUGAAUUUGAUAACAUUAUUCAGAAAGUGAAAGGCCAUUUUAACUCUGCACGUGGCUCUCGAACAGAGGCCAACUGGGAGAAGAUUGAAGAGGAGCUGAAGUUCCAGCCCCCGGUUCAGCUGAAGCUGGAGGAUACAGAGCUGAUGAAUGGGAUGGCUAAUGGUGGGCAUGCAGGUGUGCAUGUGGAGGUUGUCCCUACUUACAGAAUGCAGCGUGUGACUCCCCUGGGGAUUCUGUCACUUGUUCUGAACAUCAUGUGUGGAGCUUUGAAUCUCAUUCGAGGAGUUCAUCUGGCAGAGUAUUCAUUUCAGGAGGACCAUGAAGGAAUUGGAAAUGUGAUAGCUUUUAUCCUACCUUUUCUAGCCUGUGUUUUUCAGUGUUACUUGUACCUCUUCUACAGCUCGGCGAGGAAGGUGAAGACGUUUGUACUCUUUUUCUCUGUUUGUUUCUGCAACAUUUACUUGUACGGGUUACGGAACCUCUGGCAAAUCGCCUUUCACAUAGGAGUGGCAUCUCUUUCUUCAUAUCAGAUAUUGACAAGGCAACUUCUGGAGAAACAGCCUGACUGUGGAGUAUGAAAAAAAAAACAACAAAACAAACUUUGGGUUUGCUACUCUAUUUUUACAACUUCUUUUGUAUUAAACUGGCCAAAAAUAGCUUGGAGUAUUUUUAAAGGUUUGUGACGAUGCUUAUUGCAAGGAGGAUAUUUCAAAGUAACUUGAAAUAAAGUAGGAUGUAAUGUAAAGUAAUCAUGUC